AUGCACGAGCUUUUGCUCUUCGCAUCGGUUCCCGCCCACCAGCACAAUGAGUUGCUGCAACAGCUUGCUGGCUUGACUGCCAUGCAACCCUGUCACCGUCUGGAAAGACGUCUGAUCUUCAAGGCUUACCGCAAGCCGGGCUUAAUCAACACCCGUGGUGGUGCGAGCCAGGACUUGCAGGGCGCCGAUCUACCACGUCUCAAUAAGAUGCUCAAUGGGGGCAUGUUCUAUACCCAGGUAGUUGGCCCUCUCUCCGACGCAGAUUUUGAUACGGAACCCUCGUUUUCUGGGGAACGGGGGGAUGCACCCAUGUCUGGCACAGAUGACACCCCGGUCGGGACAGGGUCUUAUGAUUAUGAUAAUCAAUCUUGGAGACUCGAGUUCAGGGAUAUUCCCGAGGCCGGCACACGAUCAACCAUCACAUCUCGGCUGAUGGCUAGUGCGGCUCUCCCCAAAGGCGAUAUUAUGACGCCUAUGAAUGCCUGGGGGUAUAGUUUCGUUACCGAGUAUCUGGUAGAAGGAGAUGUCUUUAUUCACAACGACAUUGUGAUCUUUCUGCAUCGCGUUCUUCAAUAUCCAAUUCAUGGCCAGGAGCCACAUGGACCGCGGCAACAGCUACCCUCGUUCCGGGAGAUGUCGCCCUUGGAAAGAACCGGGAGCUAUGUCCUACAAGCUGCGAUCACAGUCCAGGACGGCAGUAACCAGGAGCUGAUGAAGACAGCUUCCCAGCAUCUAUUCGGGUUGCGAGAGCAGCUCAAGUCAGCUGUUCGAUUAGAGCAAGCUGAUCGACUAUCUCUGGAUACUCGUGCAAAAUAG